CAGCGGGUUACUGGGAUCACAGGGAUCACCGGGAUCACAGCAGAUUCCGGGAGCGAGCACCGACGAUCACGGGGGGAUCACCGUGGGUUCUCUCUGGGAUCGAACCGGGACCAGGAUUAAAACGAAACCUUGUGGAUCACCGGGAUCGAACCGGAUCAGAUCUGGAUUAAAACGGGACCGAGAUCAGGCCGUCACCAGAAUUAAACCACAAAGGGAUUAAAGCAGCAGUGGGGUCAGACAAGGGUUAAGUGGGUACUAGGGUCACACACCAAGGUCAUACCAGGAGCAAGUUCACAAACUAAGACCUAAAUCACUCCUGGAUUAAACCAGGAGCCACCAUCUGGAUUAAAUCAACACUGUAAUCCAACCGUUUCAAACCAGGACCAUGGCAGGGUCACAGUAGGAUUAAACAGGGACAGGUAUCAAAAGCACAUUAUUUCCACACUAGGACCUGCAGUGAACAGGUACUGGUAGCAAAUCAGGAUUAAAGCAGCACCAGGAUCACACAGGAUUAGGAACACAUCAGGAACAAACUAGAACCUACAUCAAACAGGCCCACAGACACUAAUUCAAGAUCAAGUCUGGAAAUAGAUCAAACCAAGAUCAGAAUCGAUCUGUGAUUGAACUGAAUCAAACAAACAUUGAAAUUAAACCAGAAGAGAGACGUAGGAUCUGAGACUGUGAGGUUGUGAGACUGUGAAAGUGGGAGAGGGACUGGGAUAGCAACUGGUAAUGAGAGGGGAAAGUGGAUUUGAGAUCUAAGUGGUAUUGAAAGGAUAAAACUGAAUAACAGGGUUGAACCAAAUCUAAACACAGAGAUCAGUGUGACUGGAACAAAGGACAGAGGCUACUUUCAGGUAAAGAAAAGACAAAAGAUCCCACAUUAGCAGAGUGUGGGAUAUUACAUCUUAUUUUAGCAGGUAAUAUCAAUAUGUCAGUGCCAUUUUCCAACACCACGCUGCGGAUUCCCCGUGGUUUUGGGAAUUUGUUGGAGGGCCUGUCCAGAGAGGUGCUGAGGCAUCAGCCAAAGGACAUCAUAGAAUUCGCUGCCAUAUAUUUUGAGGAUUUGCUGGAGAAGAGGGAAGCCACUGGUAUAGACCCUGCAGACUGGGCAGCAAAAUUGGAGGAUCGAUUCUACAACAAUCACGUUUUUAAGGAGGUACGAAAAACUAUACCUGAUGAUGAAGAGAAACAACCCCCCGUAACGAUUGAUACAGCGUAUCAAGAAAAAGACUUAACUGUUACAGACAAGCUAGAGGACACUGUGGGUUCUCGAAGUAAAUGCAUAAAAGUGCCAAAGGAUUUGUCAUUCAUCUCGAAAGAGACUAUUUCCAUGAUAUUAGAGGACUCCUUUCUAAGGGGCUCAAAACAUGCACCUCCCAGUGUAGAUGAUGUUACUGCUACCCUGUCAACUCAAGAGCCAGAAAAAGGUCCACAGGACACUUCAUCCGUUGAGAUCGUUGAGGCAUCACCAGGAGAAGGUCAGAGUGAAAUCAUAGCUCCUCUCAUGAUUGAAGCAGCACCAGAAGAAGGUCAGGGUGAAGUUGCAACUCCUCUUAUGAUUGAAGCAGCACCAGAAGAACUUCUCAGGAUGGAAGAAACCUCUCAAAUAAUUGACAGAGCACCAGAAGCAGCUCUGCCAAUGGAAAUACCACAAACAGGAGAACCAGAGGAGCAAGCUCAUUCCUCAGAGGAACAUCCUGUGGUGAAUGAAGGAAAUCCAGAGGAAGAGCAUGCUGCUGUGCUCAUCCAGUCAACAUUCCGAGGUUACAGUACAAGGAAAAAAUUGAAAGAAGAUCAACCAGAUCCGACUCAAGCUGACAAUGAUUUAUUUGGAGAUGGAAGUGAAUACAUCUCAGGAGAAGAAUUGACAUUUGCUGAAGAGGAAACUGCCAAUUUAGAGGCUGUUGGAGUGAUCCAUGAAGAAUUUAUCACCGAGCUGGAAGACAAUGGAAGUACAGCUAGGGUUGACAUUCCACAGAUUAACAUCUGUGCUACAGAGUUGGAUCUCAUGCUGGACAAUAUAUGCUCUAUAGCAGAUGUAGAUAUCUGUAGUGCAGAAUUACAACCUGACACAAACAAAGAUAACAAAUCUGAGUCAGAAAUGACCACAGAGGCAGCUAGAGAGGAUAUCUGUGGGACUGAGUUAGAUCAGAAAAAUAGUUUUGAGCCUACACUUGAUAUUGCAGCAAAUGUUGACAUCUGUGACGCUGAAUUGGCUGGACUUGUAGCAGAAAAGGAUAUCAAUGACGCUGAAGAAGACACUGAGAUUGACCUUGAUCCCCAUGGUGGACCUAGUGAUCAGGUCACAGAUAAAGUGAUAUCUCAUUAUGAAGUUGAAGAGAGUGAAACAAUAGAAAAUCCUCAAGAUCUGGAUAAAAGUCUGAAGAGCACAAGGGCUAUUGAGGCGGAAUCUGAUGCAAAAAGUAUUGAAAGUCUACUCACAGCAGAAAGUCAGGAUACUGAAGGAGGCAGCAGUACCCUAGAAUAAAUACCCCAAAACAGGAAGCAUUACAGAAACUCAGCAGAUCUGGUAGCAUCUGUGGAGAAACAGUUAAAAUUUUAAGCCUGAUAUGACUCUUCUGCAGUUUUGAUGAAGAGUCCUACAGGACUUGAAACAUUAACUCCAUUUCUCUCUUCACAGAUCCUACCAAGCCCAUUGACUUUCUCCAGACAAUUCCAUCUUUAUUUCAGAUUUCCAGCCUUCCAGUAUUUUGCUUUUAUUUAAAUAUUCAAAGCCUUGAUAGUUAAUUAACAGAGAAAAAUAUUACUUUUUAUCAUUGGGUUAUAUUUUAGUAGAACACAAAUAAUAUGUCAGAAUGUACAUCACCUGUUUGAAUUUAUUUGUAAAAGGGAUUUUUGUGAAUUAAGAUUUGUAAAUUAAAAUAAUCUUGAAUAAGGACACACGGUGAACGGUUAGAAGUUACCCUGUGCACUUCUUCCAAUAGAGGUAUAUAGGUAGCUUUUAAUUACAUGGUUUCUGGUCUGUUUCACAGCCUCUCCUUAGGUGUACUGACAUUGGUUAAACUCAAUACCUAUAUGUAUAAGUGGAAAAGCAGUCAAUUCCUGCUGCUGAUUGCUUACCCUCACGUAUGGAGCUCUUGAAUGGGGACUGGAGCAGUUUGUCUGUUUUAUUUCCACCCUUCUGGUGAUUAAAUAAUCCCAAGCUCACACUUGAAGAAUGUUCCUUUGAGCAUUGCCCAGAGGACACAUUAAACACACAUAUGCAUUGCGCAAUUAAACUGGCAAAUAUUGUUUUGGUGACUUCGCUCUGUUUUCCAACAAAGGUACUUUUCUGAAGGUAGGCUGAUGAGCAUAUUCUGAAAUGUAAAGCUAAAACAUAAUUUAAGUAUUCAAUAUAGUGAGACACAUAUGCAUCACUAGCGAAGAUGCAAAAUGCCUUUGACAAGAAUGAUACCAGAAAUGUGAGGCUGCAUCUAUCUGGAAAAGAUUAAUAGCUUGGGUGUCGUUCCUUUUGAAGGCUGCAACAUGAUCUAGUUAUUCAAAUUAUGAAGGGUUUUGUGAGAGUGGGCAUGGAGAUAGUGCUUCCACUUUGGGGAAUAUGUUGUUAGUAUAAAAUAAUCCUGAAGAAAGCACAGAAGGAGCUAGAACAAUGUUUCAUUGCCCAGAGAGUAGUAGGAAUAAGGAACUUAGUGCUUUCAUUCAUUUCAAUUAGUUUAUGGCUUUUUUUAAAAUUGUGGAGUAAUUUAUUGUCAAUAUUAUUCAAGUCUUUGUUGGUGAUCACUUUGGAAGUGAUGAGGUGAUUGGAACACAGAUGCUGGAAGGUGAAAUGGGGAAUAAAAAGACCUUGGAUCCUUUCUUACAAAAAGGGUUUCCUCGGUUGUAGCCAAAUCAAAUUUGAUGGCUGUAACGAUCUCAAUAUAGUUCCCUAUGUAUAAAACUAGAAGGCUCUCAGACCAAGUCAUGUGAUCUUUGGUGAGUAUGGUGCUAUUAAAUGUUGAUUACUAGGUAGAAAACAUUCCACUUUGAAAGAUUAAUAUUGGAGUUCUAACUCUAUAGAGUUUUUAAAAAAUGAUGCCUUUAUUUACUUCCCUCCCACUCACUAAUCAUAUAAGCAUUGCAAAUACAUUAACUUGUGUUCUAAACAACUUAAUCUGUUUCUCUUCAUAUGUGUAAUGAGAUACGGAAUACAUAGAAGGUGAUAAUGGAUUGGUGUGGUGAAUUAUUUACAUAAACACAGUCCCACACAGGAAUGUAGAAAGUCAUAACUAAAUAUGUAAACUGAUACUAAAUCUCUUGCACUUCUAAAUUUUAAACCUGCUCAUUUUAAAUGCAUACCUAUUAAACUCUUCAUUUUGUAAAAUUUGGUUGUUGCAUCGGUGUGAAAUGGCUGCACUGCGCCGAGAUCAAUUCAAAUCUUAUCAACUGGGCACUAUUUGAUUUAUGAGUUUAGAGGGUUCAAAUUAUAGGGAAUUAAUCUUGUGCAUUUUGACACAGUUUGCCAGGAUAUUAAGAUGCUCCACAUCCUUCUGACAUUCUGUACAAUACAGCAUUCUUCAAUGUUGUUCUUAUAGUUUUGCUUUAAAUCUCUAAUGUCUAUGACUCUAACUCCUAUUUUUCCAUUAUUUAUCAUGGCUGCAUCCUUCCUUAUGAAGUCUUUCAAUCCAGUUCUAAAUUGGGGAUUUUCAUUUCGGAAUAAAAUAACUUUAAUAUGUCCAAAGUAAUAGAUGUUGUUGGCUGAACUGCAGAUGGAGUUUCUACUUGUUUCAUGAGGGUGCACUGUUUGGUCCAUUUCAAGCUUAAAUCUGUUCCACAUUUCGGCAAUAUCUUGGUUGAUUUGUAACCUUGCUUCACACACAACAACAUUUGGCCUGGACCAUGAAAAAUUAAAAUUUAUUUUUCAGUUGUGACGGCAAGCAUGUAACAGCAAAGGACCCUCCUGUGUACUUAAUUCAGAUUCUAUGAAAAUAGAGAGCAAAUAAGUUAUUUCUUACUUUGGAAUUCUGAUAUCCUGCACAAAUUAGAACUUAGUUGCUCUUUCAACUUCAGAAAUUCAGCCAGUACAAGACAUAUUCCAUGAAAGACCUUCAAUGUGUUCCUAAAUGUAACUGUGAGAUAUAUGAAAAUAAAAUACGGUGAAUGCUGGAAAUCUGUAAUAAAAAGAGAAGGUGCUGAAGGAACUCAACAAGUCGGGCAAUAUCUGCGGAAAGAUAUAUAUUCCAUUGGUAGAAUAUCAUUAAUUGUUUUCAUGUAUGUUUGAGUAGGUUGGACUGACUCUAAUAGUCUGCGGAAGGUUUGGUCUGAUCAAUGAAGUGGAGGUGCCGGUGUUGGACUGGGAUGGACAAAACUAAAAAUCAG